AUGCUAGGCUGGAUUACAGGGCAAACCGACGACCAGAGCCGGGCCCCUGGCGCAAUGGAUCCGCCUGAAACCCCUGCUCCGGUGUUCGCUAUGCGGGCAUUCAGGAGUGUCAUCUUCGGGACCCCUGCUGGUGAAGACAACGACAAUAAUGAGCGCCCAGCUACUAUGAAAAACAGCGAAACGCCAUUGAUACGCAAGAAGGACGCGGUUCAUCCGACCAUCGAAAUGGCCACAAUUCAACAACAACAACAAGAACCGAAAGAGAAAUCGAGCUCAGAUGCGACAAAUCAACUCAGCGUGUCUCCGACGAAAAGCAUUCUCGUCACGCCAGGGACUAUAUCAAAUAGGCGCAAGACCGUAUCAUUUGGAGACACGGCUGUUCAUGGGGAUUCGGAACGGGAUCGGCCUCAGUCAAGAAGUAGCAGUUUCGCACCCUCAUCCGCGGGUUCGGUAACCAGCCAAUGGAUGUCAAGCCAAUCUGAUGGAAAGUCGAGACCUCGAAGCAGGUUGACACAGAGCCUAAUCGACGCCAAAGAGCUUCAUACAGAAGAGCCUCCUAAAACGAUUGAACCUGCGCGCAAUGAGUCGUUCUCUACCAAAGACAUAUCAAAUGAUAUCGCCAAUGCGGUCGUAACCGAGGACCGCGACGAAACUGUUGAUCUCAAUGAUCCACGCUCACAGUCAGGUCAAUACUGGAAAACGGAAUUUGAAAACUACCGCAAACGGACCAAUUUUGAGAUCAGGAGGCUUAUUGAAUACCGUGCAGUGGCAAAAUCAUAUGCGCGAAAGAAAGAUACAGAGGCCAUGCGUUUGGCAGAAAAGUUGCAAAAAGAGGAAGAAAAAGUCGCGGAGAUGGAGCGUCGUGUGGCUGGGCUUGCUUCGGAUAUGAUGAGCAAGGAUGUUGACGCUGACCGAGAAGACUUGGUUCAAAAACUUGCAAAACAAACCGCUCUAACACUUCAAUUCAAACAUAAAGUCGAGAAUCUACGGAAGACACUUGAACAACAUGGAGUAGUUGGCAGUCCAGAUGCACAGACAGACUCGGAGGAAUUAUGUAAAGAUGAUCGAGCUGAAAUUAUUAGGCUACAACAAGCCCUUGACGAAGCGAAUAAGAAUCUUGAAGAGAAGGUACAAGAUGACGAAUUAGAAAAGCUUCGAAAUUUAGCAAAGUCUUCCGAAAACAAGGUGUCUGAACUUGAGAAGGAAAAUGCUUUGUUGAAAAAGACCAUAGCAAGGGUGAAAGGAGAAAUGGGAAAAUACGAAGAACGGCGUUCUGAGAAGGAGACCAAGUUGAAACAGCGUGCGGCUAAAUAUGAGGCACGAUGUCAGGAAUAUAAGGAGAAAAUGAGAGAGUAUCGGGUGUCAGUCCACGAAGAACGGCAAAUGUAUUCGCAGCAAAUUCAGCGCUUGAAAGAAGAAGUCGCCGCUCUGAGUCUUUCCAACAGGAAACUUUCCGUAAACGAUGCUCAGCGGAGUCUCGAAGAGAAGUCACAUGCGGGAGUACAAGUUCACGAUUUUGGUGACCAGGGUUUACAUCUUCCAGUGGACAAUAAUGAGGAAAUGUUGCAGCAUUGUCUUGCAGAUAAUCGAAGGAAUCGAGGACCGGGAUUUGAUGGAAGCAAUAUAUUGAUUCGAUUGGCUGGGUCUCCCGAAAAGGGUAUACACGGCACUUCUCCCACCGAAAACAACAAUACUGUCAAGCUACCAUCCUCUCCGCCGAUGUCAUCUGAACCAGUCGUAAAUACUCACUGGCAACAUUCAGCCCUAUCAACUGCUACUGCACGAGAAACCCGGACUCUGAAACGUACAAAGGCCAUUCAACCACGGCAGAAAGGCGGGGGCCAACUUGAAGAGGAAAAAGAAAAUGUUCGCUACAUUGUAAUUUGA